ACAGCAGGCAGCCUUUACUCACACACAUCCGCUCUCUCUCGCUCGCUCGCUCGCUCUCACUCUUUCACACCAUAGCUCAGCCUCUUAUUAGCCAUUCAGCUCUGAAACCUGUUUCACUGCUGAGGCUUAAAAAUGAGGUGGAAGCUGCUUUUCCCGCAGCUUUGACAGGGGAAAUUCUCCUUCUAGGCUUGCAGCAGCAGCAGCACUGAGAAAUCGCUUUGCCACCAGCCGUUUUAUGAUUUAAAUGUCAUCCAUGGACGUUUCUCCCUCUGCUCCGGCAUCGUUGGUCCUGUUCACAGAUAUUAAGAUUAAAGAGCUUGGAUUCUCUAAGGCUCGUAUCCAAGGGCAUCGGCUGUUAACAUACUGAACUACAUCUGCUUCUUGGCUAAGACUGAAGAAAGACAUCUUAAGCCUGGAAAUCCUUCCUGUGCUUGUUCUCUAGCGUGGUCACACACACACACACACACACACACACACGGCAGGCAGCCCAAGAAGCAUAUGCUGCAGCAGGUUUUUUCUUUCUUUCUUUAAUUCCAAAAGACUGCUUCACUUUCCCAUUUCCAGUGAAAAGAUAAUGAAAUAAGAGCCUCUCGUCUCCAAGAAAGAAAAUUACAGGAAUCAGCUACCGAGGAGGAAUCAGCAAGUUAAACAGCAGCAGAAGAGGACAAGGCGGAAGGAGGACACUGGUUGAGAAUAAAGAUCAACAGCAAAAAGGGAAAAGAGGAAACAGGUGGAAGGCUGAGACACCUGUCAGAGCUAGUUCGGGCUUUAAAGUGGGGAACCCCCCCUUUAUCCCCCCACUCUCUGCUCAUUUUGUAUGUGUGUGUGUGAUUCAGCAUCACCAGCUUGCAAAAUCUGCCUCUAACCUGGUUCCCUGGCUGCUGCUUGUUGCUGGUCCUGUUGCUGUUACUGACAGAAACGUGUUAAAAAAGCUGAAAGAGAAAAAAUGCCAGCCAUCCUGGUAGCCUCCAAAAUGAAAUCCGGACUACCUAAACCUGUCCACAGUGCUACUCCUAUUGUUCAUGUUCCAGCAGCAAGGACCAUCCCACAACCCUGCUACCUGAAGUUUGGGAGCAAGGUGGAGGUGAACAAGUCAUCCUAUUCCAGCCAGAUCCCUCUCAAGUCACACAAUGGUCAUGAGAAUGCAGGAGAUGGCUUCCUACCCAAGAAGAGCAGCUCCAUGGAAAAUGGCUUUGACACACAGAUUUAUACAGACUGGGCCAAUCACUAUCUAGCAAAAUCUGGUCAUAAACGUUUGAUAAAAGAUCUGCAACAAGAUGUGACUGACGGAGUUUUACUGGCUGAAAUCAUCCAGGUAGUAGCAAAUGAGAAAAUUGAAGACAUCAAUGGCUGUCCAAAGAAUAGAUCUCAAAUGAUUGAAAAUAUAGAUGCGUGCCUGAGUUUUUUGGCUGCCAAAGGAAUAAACAUACAGGGACUGUCUGCAGAAGAAAUCAGGAAUGGGAAUUUAAAGGCUAUCUUAGGCCUUUUCUUCAGUCUGUCACGAUAUAAGCAGCAGCAACAGCAGCCCCCUAAACAAUAUUCACAGCCCCACCCAUCCCAGCAACCUCCCACAUCACCCCAGCAAGUAAGGCCUCCAUCCCAGUGCCAAUUUGGGCUGCAAGAACAGCAAAUCCAACAAGAACAGCAGCAGCAGCAGCAACCACCACAAUCUGUGCCAGCAUCACCCCAGUCUCAGUGCCAACAACCCCAGCAAGCACCACAUCCUCAGUUAAAAGCACAACCAGAAAUGCAGUCCAGUGCAUCACCCAGGGACUCAUCUCAAAGCAAAAUCAUCCGAUUCACUCUCGGUCAAAAAAAGGCUUCUAGACUUCCAGGUCCUACGAGAGUUUCAGCUGCAGGCAGCGAAGCAAAAACUCGUGGUUCCGUUAAUGCCAACAACCGGCGCAGCCAGAGCUUUAACAACUACGACAAAUCCAAACCCACAAGCCCACCAUCCCUUCUAUCAAAUAGCAAUGAGAAAGAGCCAGCAGACAAUUUAGUCUCUCAGCCCACAGGAAUGAAUGAAAAUGCACCACCUUCAACCCAAAGCAGCAGUAGCAACAACAUUGCCGGUUGCAAUAACUCCUCAGCCAUCCCCCAGCCCAACUCUGCCGUUAAACCCUGGCGCAGCAAGUCACUCAGUGCCAAGCACACAGCUACGUCUUCCAUAUUAUCAGUAAAACAGCAAGUCCAGGAACCUCCAAAAUCCUCUCCAGAGAUGGUCAAACCAACUCCCAACGGUCAGAAAUCCAUGCUGGAAAAGCUGAAGCUUUUUAAUACAAAAGGAAGCUCCAAAGCAGGAGGGUCAUCCCUUGAAUGUCCGGGGUCUCGGGACACUAGUUGUGAAAGGUUAGAGGCCCUCCCUAGCUUUGAGGAAAGUGAAGAGAUUGAAGCUGUGAAUCGGAACGCAAACAACCCCCCAUCAAACAGUCCCAAAAUUGCACUCAAGGGAAUUGCACAAAGAACAUUCAGUCGGGCACUGACCAAUAAGAAGAGUUCCCCAAAGGGCAAUGAGAAAGAAAAAGAGAAGCAGAAGGAUAAAGAAAAGGAAAAGGGCAAAGAUGUUGCCAAGAGAAUAUCCGUUACUGAGAAAGCAGACGUGAAAGAGGAGCCGAAAGAAGAACAGAUCCCACCAGCUACAACCGAGAUGCCAAAAAAAUCCUCCAAGAUCGCAAGCUUUAUCCCUAAAGGAGGAAAGCUAAACAGUGCCAAGAAGGAGGCACCUGCCCCUUCGCACAGUGGAAUACCAAAACCAGGGUUGAAAACCGCCACAGGGAAAUCCUCAAGUGCCCCAAGCUGUUCGGCAAAGGAUGGCGAGAGAAGCCGCAGUGGGAAGCCUGCCUCAGGCCUCUCUCAUCAGAAGCCCCAGCUGGACGGCAGGAAUUCCAGUUCCACGUCAAGUUUGGCCUCCUCUGAAGGGAGAGGCAUUGGAGGGGUGCCUGCUCUGAGUACUAGUAGCAGUACCCAGGCUGUCAAUGGGCCCACAGGCAGUAACACACAGACCACAGGAAGCAAUACUGUGAGUGUUCAGCUACCUCAUCCACAGCAGCAAUACAGCCACCCGAAUACUGCCACAGUAGCACCAUUCAUGUACAGAUCCCAGACAGACAAUGAAGGGAAUGUAACAGCUGAGCCCAGCACUGGAGGGAUGAGCACGAGCAUGGAUUCUGCUCCUUACACUAAAACUACACAGCCUAUUUUAGAAGAUCUUUCUGGGGAAGAUCCAGAAGCUCGACGAUUGCGAACCGUCAAGAAUAUCGCUGAUCUUCGACAAAACUUGGAGGAGACCAUGUCAAGCUUACGAGGGACCCAGGUUUCUCACAGCACCUUGGAGACCACCUUUGAUACCAAUGUCACCACUGAAAUAAGCGGACGCAGUAUUCUCAGUAUGACUGGAAGGCCGACACCCUUAUCAUGGAGACUUGGGCAGUCUAGUCCCCGCCUUCAGGCAGGUGAUGCUCCAUCAGUGGGCAAUGGAUAUCCUCCAAGAGCCAAUGCCAGCCGGUUCAUCAAUGCAGAAUCAGGGCGUUAUAUGUAUUCAGCUCCCUUAAGAAGACAGCUAGCAUCGCGGGGCAGUAACGUUUGUCAUGUGGAUAUCACCGACAAAGGAGGUGAUGAAAUAGAUCUUGAAGGAAUCAACAUGGAUGCCACGGGUUACAUGAGUGACGGAGACGUUCUGGGGAAAAAUAUAAGGACUGAUGAUAUUACAAGUGGGUACAUGACUGAUGGUGGAUUGGGCCUUUACACUCGAAGGCUAAACAGACUUCCGGAUGGGAUGGCUGCUGUACGGGAAACUCUGCAGCGCAACACCUCGCUGGGCCUGGGCGAUGCAGACAGCUGGGAUGACAGCAGUUCUGUCAGCAGUGGGAUCAGUGACACCAUAGAUAACCUCAGCACCGAUGACAUUAACACAAGCUCCUCCAUCAGCUCCUAUGCCAACACACCUGCAUCCUCUCGUAAGAAUAUAGAUUCCCAGACUGAUGCUGAAAAGCAUUCCCAAGUGGAGCGGAAUUCCUUGUGGUCUGGCGACGAAAUCAAGAAAUCCGAUGGUGGCUCAGACAGUGGUGUGAAGAUGGAGCCUGGGUCUAAAUGGAGAAGGAAUCCCUCUGAUGUGUCUGAUGAAUCUGAUAAAAGCAAUUCGGGGAGGAAGAACACAGUCAUUUCGCAGACGGGUUCCUGGAGACGGGGCAUGUCAGCUCAGGUUGGCAUUACCACGCCGAGGACAAAAACGGCAGCCACCUCAGGAACUUUGAAGACACCUGGAACAGGAAAAACUGAUGAUGCCAAGGUAUCGGAAAAGGGUAGAAUUUCUCCCAAAUCUGGACACAUUAAACGUUCCCCAUCAGAUGCAGGACGGAGCAGUGGUGAUGAAUCAAAGAAACCUUCUGCAAAUAACUCUAGAACAGCAGCUGCUAACACAAAUGCAUUUGGAUUUAAAAAACAGAGUGGGUCAGCUGUAGGCAUGACCAUAAUAACAGCUAGUGGGGCAACUAUCACUAGUAGAUCAGCUACUCUGGGCAAAAUCCCCAAGUCAUCUGGACUUAUGGGAAGGUCUACUGGUCGGAAGACUAGUGUUGAUGGCUCGCAGAAUCAGGACGAUGGUUACUUAGCCAUUAGUACUCGAAGCAAUCUUCAGUACCGGAGUUUACCCAGGCCCAGCAAAUCCAGCAGCAGAAGCGGAGCUGGCAAUAGAUCUAGCACCAGCAGCAUAGAUUCCAACAUAAGUAGCAAGUCAGCAGGCUUGCCUGUUCCUAAAAUGAGAGAGCCAGCCAAAGUUGCCCUUGGGAGCUCUCUGCCAGGUUUAGUCAACCAAACAGAUAAAGAGAAAGGGAUCUCAUCGGACAAUGAAAGUGUAAUCUCUUGUAAUUCUGUUAAAAUGAACCCAGCAUCUCAGCCGGCUUCAAGUGCAUCCCAGAGUGCUCACCAGCAAGGAGUCAAGUACCCAGAUGUAGCCUCCCCUACCUUGCGCAGACUUUUUGGUGGAAAGCCAAGUAAACAAGCUCCCAUCACAACUGCAGAAAGCAUGAAAAAUUCAGUGGUCAUCUCCAACCCACAUGCAACCAUGAACCAACAGGGGAACCUGGAUUCUCCUGGCAGUGGCAUACUGAGCAGUGGUGGUAGUAGUCCCCUUUAUAGCAAGAAUGCAGACAUGAACCAGUCUCCAUUAGCUUCUAGUCCCAGUUCAGCUCACUCGGCUCCUUCCAACAGCUUAACCUGGGGCACUAAUGCCAGUAGUUCUUCUGCUGUUAGCAAGGAUGGGAUUGGAUACCAAUCUGUUAGCAGCCUGCACACCAGUUGUGAAUCCAUAGAUAUUUCACUCAGCAGUGGAGGCGGCCUGAGCCACAACUCGUCCAGUGGCUUGAUUGCAGCUUCUAAAGAUGACUCGCUGACUCCCUUUGUUAGAACCAACAGUGUAAAGACAACAUUGUCAGAGAGCCCUCUCUCUUCCCCUGCUGCUAGUCCCAAAUUCUGCAGAAAUACUUUACCCAGGAGGCAGGACAGCGACCCUCAUCUUGAUAGGAACACUUUGCCUAAGAAAGGACUCAGGUAUACUCCUUCAUCACAACUUCGCAGUCAAGAAGAAGCAAAAGAAUGGCUGCGUUCACACUCUGCAGGAGGACUUCAGGAUACAGUUGUCAGUUCUCCAUUUUCCUCUGGUUCCAGCAUCACAUCACCUUCUGGAACUAGAUUUAACUUCUCCCAACUGGCAAGCCCCACCACAGCAGCCCAGAUGAGCUUGUCAAACCCAACCAUGCUACGGACGCACAGUCUUUCUAAUGCGGAUGGCCCUUAUGAUCCUUACAGUGACACCCGGUUCCGGAACAGCUCAAUGUCACUGGAUGAAAAGAGCAGGACAAUGAGCCGUUCAGGGUCAUUCCGGGAUGGCUUUGAAGAGGUGCAUGGAUCCUCUCUCUCUUUGGUUUCAAGCACAUCAUCUAUUUACUCAACGCCUGAAGAGAAAUGUCAGUCAGAGAUUCGCAAGCUAAGGAGGGAGUUGGAUGCAUCCCAAGAGAAAGUCUCGGCUCUGACAACACAGUUGACUGCCAAUGCUCACCUCGUGGCAGCAUUUGAACAGAGCUUAGGAAAUAUGACCAUUAGACUACAAAGCCUUACCAUGACAGCAGAACAGAAGGAUUCAGAACUGAAUGAGUUAAGAAAAACUAUUGAACUACUGAAAAAACAAAACGCUGCUGCUCAGGCUGCCAUAAAUGGUGUAAUUAACACACCUGAGCUCGCCUGCAAAGGAAGUGGGACUGCACAAACCACUGAUUUGCGGAUCCGGAGGCAGCACUCCUCAGACAGUGUCUCUAGCAUUAACAGCGCAACCAGCCAUUCCAGUGUGGGAAGCAACAUAGAAUGUGACUCCAAGAAAAAGAAAAGAAAGAACUGGUUGCGUAGUUCCUUCAAACAAGCAUUUGGUAAAAAGAAGUCCCCCAAAUCAGCAUCUUCUCAUUCAGAUAUUGAGGAGAUGACGGAUUGUUCCCUGCCUUCAUCGCCAAAAUUGCAUCACAAUGGCUCAGUUAUCUCUACGCCAUUACUGAGAACGUCCCAUUCUAAUUCACUGAUUUCAGACUGUAUCGAUAGUGAAGCGGAAACAGUCAUGCAGUUGCGAAAUGAGCUGAGAGACAAAGAGAUGAAGCUAACUGAUAUCCGUUUGGAGGCCCUCAGCUCCGCCCACCAACUUGACCAACUUCGGGAAGCUAUGAACAGAAUGCAGAGUGAGAUCGAGAAACUAAAAGCAGAAAAUGACCGGCUGAAGUCGGAAAACCAAGGCAGCUGCAGCAGGGCCCAAUCUCAGGUUUCCAUUUCAUCCUCUCCAAGGCAGUCCAUGGGUCUUUCCCAGCACAGCCUGAACCUGACAGAGUCAGCGAGUCUUGACAUGCUGCUGGAUGACCCCAGCGAUGGUUCUUCUCGAAAAGAAGGUGGCAGGCAUGUUAAAAUAGUUGUCAGUUUUCAGGAUGAAGUUAAAUGGAGAGAAGAUUCCAGGCCUCGCCUCUUCCUUAUCGGCUGCAUAGGCGUCAGUGGAAAGACCAAAUGGGAUGUUCUCGAUGGCGUUGUUAGAAGGCUGUUUAAGGAAUACAUCAUUCAUGUUGAUCCUGCGAGUCAGCUAGGGAUGAACUCAGACAGCGUCCUGGGAUACAGCAUUGGGGAAAUCGUUCGCACAAAUAGCAUGGAGACACCUGAGCUGCUUCCCUGUGGCUAUCUGGUUGGUGAAAACAAUACCAUAUCGGUGACUAUCAAAGGGAUUGCAGAGAAUAGUUUGGACUGCCUGGUGUUUGAGUCCCUGAUCCCCAAGCCUAUUCUGCAGCGCUAUGUGUCACUCCUGAUGGAGCACAGGAGAAUCAUCUUAUCUGGCCCAAGCGGCACAGGAAAGACCUACCUAGCCAAUCGUCUGUCAGAGUACAUGGUCCUUAGAGAGGGCAGGGAGCUGGCUGAUGGUGCUAUUGCAACAUUUAAUGUGGAUCACAAGUCCAGUAAGGAACUCCGCCAAUACCUCUCCAACCUUGCUGACCAAUGCAAUAGUGAAAACAAUGCUGUGGAGAUGCCUCUUGUGAUCAUCCUGGACAACUUGCACCAUGUCAGCUCCCUGGGAGAGAUCUUCAAUGGGCUCUUGAACUGCAAGUACCACAAAUGUCCCUACAUUAUUGGAACUAUGAACCAGGCAACUUCCUCUACACCGAACCUUCAGCUCCACCACAACUUCAGAUGGGUGCUGUGUGCCAACCACACUGAGCCAGUCAAGGGCUUUCUUGGUCGUUUCUUGAGAAGAAAGCUCAUUGAAACGGAGAUUGGUGGUCGUAUGAGAAAUGCGGAGCUAAUUAAAAUUAUAGACUGGAUUCCCAAAGUCUGGCAGCAUCUCAACAAGUUCUUAGAGGCCCACAGCUCUUCAGAUGUUACUAUUGGUCCAAGACUCUUCCUCUCCUGCCCUAUAGAUGUCGACGGUUCUAGGGUUUGGUUUACUGACCUGUGGAACUACUCUAUUGUUCCCUAUCUUCUUGAGGCUGUCAGAGAAGGGCUACAGUUGUAUGGAAGAAGAGCACCAUGGGAAGACCCUGCCAAAUGGGUAAUGGACACUUACCCGUGGACAGCCACCCCACAACACCACGAAUGGCCUCCUUUGCUGCAACUGCGGCCAGAAGAUGUUGGAUUUGAUGGGUACUCCAUGCCUCGGGAAGGUUCAACCAGCAAGCAAGUGCCACCUAGUGAUGCCGAAGGAGAUCCUCUGAUGAACAUGCUGAUGAGAUUGCAGGAGGCAGCUAACUAUUCAAGCCCGCAGAGUUACGACAGUGACUCCAACAGCAAUAGCCAUCACGACGACAUCCUCGAUUCAUCUCUGGAAUCAACAUUAUGAUGCGAAAAUAGCAGAAGUGGGUUAUUUCCCGUGGUCCAUCUCCUGCCUUGCUUAGAAGACAUAAUCACCAAACCAUGAAGAUCACUGGUCCUUAGUCCAGCUGGACAUCUCAGUAUUAGAGCUGCAAGAACAAUAGAGACACUAUUCUGCCCCUUCUGUUUCUCCCCCAACCACCCCCUUUUCAGUCUCAAAUAUGGGUGCAGGCAACCCAGUUGAUGUUUUUGAAUUGUGUUUUUAUUUUCCUUGAUAAUUAGAACUGCACUACUAUGUUUUUGUUCUUUUCGACAUUGCUGUGAGCUCACAUGCCUAAGACACUGAAUACAUGUUUUUUUUCCAUACCAACAAUUACAUUAGUCAUAGUAAUUUGUGGUGGGCGUGGGGGAAGAAGGAACAAAAAAUGCUCACCUACAAAGCUAUGAAGCAAAAGAGCUUUGUGCCAUGUACUGUCCAGAAAGGGAGGAAAAGUAGUGGAUCUUGCCUAUGCUGCUUCUGACCAAACUCAUUCAGUAUUUGCUGAACUUAAACAUCAUCUUUCAGUCUAACCUCAUCUACAGAUAGUUCUGGUGCUAUAAAAUAUUUGCUUGCCUUGAUAAUGUUCCACAAAAGGCAAAGAGCUGAGAAACAGGGAAAACACGUACACACACACACAUGUACACACACACACACACACACACACACACACACACACACACACACACUUAUGGAUGUUCUCUAGUUAGAGAUCUGGCUUUUUAUGUUUAUGUAUUUAGUUUUCUUUAUAUAGGUGCAGAUGUAAGGCUUAAUCCACCCCAAACACAGAUGUUGCACAUCAUUUGCUACUUUUCAAUGGAGCCACGAACCUUUGAGCCACAGCAGCAUGUUGUGGACUAUGACCAUUUUUGCCAGGAUUCAAAGUAAUGCGUAGGAAAACAAACAUACCCACAGCCUGUGUUUUACUUCCACUUUUUGCUUUAGCAGUUGUCACCGCUGAAAAGGCAAGUGGCUUUUAAAACUAGAUUGCAGCUUGUCUCUUCAGGAAUAGGAUCUGCAUCAGGGAAGACUGGAAGCAAAACUCCAGUGUGGAUUUCAUCACCCAUGGAUGCACAUCCGUUCUUUGCAUAGCUCCCCAUACCGGAAGGGUGAAAACACGCUUAAUGAACACUUCCGGUUUUAGUUACACUGUUAAUUAACCCAAACAUUUACCAAAAGUUUGAGGCAGCAAUUGUUUAGCCUUCACACUGCCCAAGUACAAUUUUUUAACACUUCAUCCUCAAAAUAAACUAUUUUUGAAAUGCCCUCAUUUUCAAAAGCCACUUGUCAUGAGGAAUGAGAAUUCACUGUUUUUCAGUACAAAAACACUAAAGCCUAUUUGGACUCCUGGAACUUGUUAAAUCAUUUUUAUUAAGCCAGGUCUUGCUUAAAGGAGAACUGUGUCUUUAAAUAUUUUAUUUGUUUCUUUGAAGGGUCGUGUUUUUGAACGUAUCUGGUUCUUAGAUUCUCCUUUUCCUCCUUGCCCAAACGCACAGAGUAAAGAUUCGUGUUUUUAAAAUUUUUUUUUUUAAAAAAAAAAUCUUGGUGCUUCUGCUGGGGAACAAGAACACCUCACAAAGAAUUGCACUCUGGUUUGUGUUUUUCUGUUUGAAAUAUACAACUAGUCAGCUGUCUCAGGCUGUACCACAGCUAGAGCCACAGUCAACACACACACACACACACACACACACACACACGCCUUUUCAGCUAUCUUUGGGUGCUGAUUUUUUUUAAAGUGAUGCCUUACCUACUUUCUACUAAUUGUGUUUGAAUUCCAUUAGUGCUGCAUAUGACGGGGGUUUUUUAUUUAAACAAAACAGGGCUAUAGGAGUCAUCUCUUGGAGUACAAUUAUGUGAGUUGCUGUGAAUACUGUUUGUAAUAAGAUAAUUGAGAUUUCUUCUGUUUUUUUAAAAAAAUGUGACAAUAACUAAAAGAGUGGAAAAAAAUAAGAGGGAGAGGGCUUUUCAGAAUGUCCAUAUCAACUUACAGCUAACAGUUUAUUGGACAAAUGUUUAUCUAAUGGAGGCAGAAACAAAUAUUCUAGGAUGCUGUACAGCAUCACUGCUAGAAUCUUUUGUUUUAGAACAUGCAGGUUAGAUGUUUGUCACCAUUUUGAAAAGAAAGUGUUAAAUCUUUGUAGGGUUAAUAUGAUGCAACAGACACAAGAGCCCUCUUCAGACAUUAUAAAUGUCAAAGCGUAUAGGACAGUCUUCAGCAACCUGGUGCCCUCCAGAAGUUUUAGAGGGCACCAGGCUGGCAAAGGGCAAUGUAAGAGCUCUUGCCCCACUUCCAACCUUGUUGUGUUGAGCAGCAAGGUAUAUAGGGGGCUUGUAAAUGGGUACCCCUGAGCAUAUUUACAAGCCUCUCUGCAAUCAGGAACCCCAGUUGUGCAGAGGUUUGUCAGCAUGUUCAGGUGAGCAAACUUACAAUCCUACUUCAAUCCUUACCAUUCAACACAGCAAAGUCGGGUGGAGGGGAGCAGGACCACUACACAGUGUUCCCUGCCUCCAAGACAUUCAGAACCUGGUGGUGCAGCAAUGAAACUGCUGUCACAUUUGCAAAGCUAAGCAGGAUCUGCUAUGAUUUCAAAUUGGAUGGGAGACCAUGUAUUGUAAUUCCUGCAGUGAAGAGGGUCAGACUAGAUGACAUUCAGAGUCCCUUCCAUCUCUACAAUUCUAUGAUUCUAAUUAUCACCUGUGAUUCUAACUUUGUAAUGCCUGAAGAGGACUAUGGUUAUGCUACCAUGUCUCAUGAAAGAGUAAGGGUUUUUUAUUAUACCUCAUAACUUUCUGCUUUUGGUGACGUGUGAAUUUAAUCUGUGUUUUGGAGUUUUUUGUGAACUUGCUCCCAUUAUGUUUUUCUAGAACUAAUGGCUUGUUGAACUGUUGAACCAGAAUUGCUUGAGUGUUUCAUCAUAACAAGAUAGAAGGAGGGUACUUAGCUAACCUUCAUAAUUCUCACCUGGUUGCUGAAAAUGGGCCACAGUGAUCCACAGCCCUAAGCAGAUCCGUCUAACAUGCUGGAGAGAGCUAGUUUUUUAGCUCCCUGCUUCUUAGGACCUCUUGCGGGACAGAUUUGAAAGGUUCUCCCAAGUCAAAAAUUCCCUUCAUAUGGAAAUCAUCAUCCUAGAAAAUGAUUCUUUCUUUGCCUUCUCCCUGAAGUGCUAUCUUUACACUUGCAGGUUUUUUUAAAAAACAAACAAACCAAGAACCAGCAUUAAAAUAGGAGAUCCAUGUACAUUUUGAA